AUGUACGAAUCGUGGUUUACAUAUCCGCUCACCAGACCCUAUCCUUUUCGGUGGUUUACUCCGGUCGUAAUACUGGGAGGUGUUACUCUCGCUAUACUGUUCUCAUUUGUCAAUAUAGCUUCGAAUGGACACUUUCUCAAACCCGAAUACACCGAAAAUCCGAACGCCACGCUGGCCUCAAGUGUGCGGUGGUAUAUGAAACCUCCAUUUAACUGGGAUACAACAUUCAAGGCACAGUGCCAGCCAAGCCUCAUUUCUGUUGGUGAUAGGUUCUUUACCUCUUCGCUGGGGCUUCAGUAUGAAGUCCAAUCGGUUGUCAGGGAAAACGACCAACUCACGUUGCCAUCUGUUGCGUACCUGAAUAAUCCACUUGAAGAUUGCUUUCUCCAGAGCUCGGCGCUCGAGCUUCAGAAAGUUGACAGGGCGAAGCAGCCUUCUUGGUGGAUGUCUUGGACAGAAUCAAAAGCAUCAGCAGUGGCGUCUUGUAGGAUCACAACAGAUCAAGGAGCUGUCAACCUCACGCUUGCAUUACAGCUUACUGGCGGCGAAGUCUCUGCCAUUAAUAACAAUUACACCACGCAUGCCAGCACUUGGUGGGGCCAAACGCUGGUUAGGAAUUACUUUUGGGGUGUUGUACUCCUAAUGUCUCAGGUAGACAUUCCUGAGGAAGUUGGAGAUUACAUCUCGAUUGGGCGAAUCAAUUAUAUAAGGAAUCAAUCUGAAACGGACAUCAAAUCCCGGAGCUUUUUUAGCGACAAUCAUUGGUUUGUUUCAGAUGCUUCUUUUAUUAUCAACACCGAAGAGGAUAUUUUCAUACCAGUGAAGGACGAAGGGCGCCAUUAUACUAGGCUUCUCCAGUCCCUAACAUCAUUAGAUAUGGGGAACUGCCAGUCUACCAAUCUUCUGCUAGAUCAAGAGAAUCUAAAAUAUGCAAUUAUCGAUCUGAACAGUACGAGUCGGAGACCAGGCGGGCUUCUGUACGGCAAGGCGGAAGAUAUGCUUAAUCCCACUCGAGCGGUGCAAAUUGGUUAUCCCGACAACCCGGACGAACUAGUAUUUCUCAGCGAGGCACACGACAAGAUAUCUCCCAAAAUGGGAGGCCUUGGGUGCAGCAAUGCAACCAUUGUGAAGCAAUACCUGUGCUCCGUCCCCCAUCAAAAAGCCACUGGCACGAUGCUGGUAUCCAUCCUGUUGACAAACUUGGUCUUCCUGCAAGCGGCCUGGAAGCUUCUAAACCUCAUCUCUGAAGGCAUCAUGUGGCAAACAGGAUCUCGUGUGGAUAUUUGUCAAGGCUGUAUAGACAGGGGCUAUCAGAAUGUUCGGCCAGAUGGCCUAGAACUACGCGACAUGCCAAUGGCUAGUGAAAGAAGUACAACGUUACAUGGGGACGAAAGCUCUCAGAAUCUGUUGCAAGAUCGAGAGGGGGAGAAUACCAAGCCUGCCUCUGUAGUAUCUGUCGUCUAG